GCAAGCACAGGACAGUGGGAGGGCCAAAGUGAAAGAGGCAAAGCCAGGCAAACAGUUUACAUCAUUAUUCCAGAAAGAUCCACAGCUGGCUCGUCUGCCAGGGGCCGAGGGUGUUGCUCUAUUUAAGCGCGCAGGCAGAAGAGACAGCAGUUUUCUGAGUGCUGCUAAGGCCCAGACACAAAAUGGACAUCGCCAUUCAGCAUCCCUGGUUCCGUCGCUCCUUCUGGCCAUCCUUCUUUCCCAGCCGGAUCUUUGACCAGCACUUUGGGGAUCCCAUCUCUGAGGCCGACAUGAUUCCCUCGCUGUACUACCCACGACCUUCCUUUUUCCGCCGGCCAAGCUGGGUGGACAGCGGCCUUUCUGAGAUGAAAAUGGAAAAGGACUGUUUCUCACUAAAUAUGGAUGUUAAACACUUUAAACCAGAGGAGCUGUCAGUGAAAAUCAAUGGAAAUUUCAUUGAAAUUCAUGCCAAACAUGAGGAUCGUCAGGAUGAUCACGGUUUCGUCUCACGAGAGUUUCUAAGAAAAUACCGUGUCCCUGCUGGUGUGGAUCCAGCCUCUGUCACUUCCUCCCUGUCUUCUGAUGGCGUUCUGUCAGUGACAGCCCCGUGCAAGCACACAGACGGCCUGGAGCGCUCCAUUCCCAUCACCCGUGAUGACAAACCCGCCGUGGCUGGGUCUCAGAAGAAGUAAAGCUGCUAGACUUCCA